UAUAAGAAAUAAUAAGAAAUAAGAAAGAAGCAUAAAUUGAAGGGAAAAGCUAUAUGACUUUUCAUUCAGCUUGUGAAACAUUGGUGUCACAGAAUAUUACGCCGGGUUUUUUAUCAAUUAAUAAGAAGAUGGGUAUUGAUAAUAAUUUGUUUAAAACGAGAACUCUUGAUACUAUUAAAUUUCCAUAUCGUUCUCGUUCUCUUCCUCUUAAAAGUUCGGAUUCUCCGAGACAAAGAAUUGACGUUGCAUGCCAACGAUGCCGGAGACGUAAAAUCCGAUGUUCGGGUGACCAAGGACGGCCGGAUGGAAAAUGUACGCAUUGUAUUAAGGCGAAUUAUCCGUGUGAAUUUGUUAGUCGGAUUCAUCCGCCUAUGCAAAUUUCACCCAUUUUGAUGUCGCCAUCGCCACAAUCACCUAGUACGAUUGAGUCGCCUCAGCCAUAUUUAAAUUCGAUGGUUCAAUUUCCUGGUGCAUUAUCACCGGGACUUACUUCUAAUAUGAAUCUUCAUGAUACUACAUCAUGGUCGAAUAAUGUGUCGACAACAACAUUAACGAAUAAGCAUGUAUCGAAUCUUCCCAUAUAUAAUCAAGAUCCAUAUGGGACAGCUGAAACAUAUCCAGGAUUAUCAUGUACAUCAUAUUCGCGUACAGCGCCGGCUUUAAUGGGGUUGCAUUCGUAUUUGAUGGCAAAUGAGCCAUCGGUUGAUCUUUGGACGUCAGAGAAUUUGUAUAUGCAAAUUCAUGAUUCGCCUUCGAUACUAGAUACAUCUACGGAAUUAACUACAUCGGAUCAAUAUUUGACAAUGCCGCAAAGCAGUGGAUCAUCCUCUGAACAUCCUUUAUCAUUUGAUCAUCAGGCGUUGCAGUUUUUGUCCUCUAAUCCACUUUCUCAGUAUACUUGGACAUUAGAUUGCAAUAAUAAGGAAACAUUCGAUUCGGUUCCUAUUCUGUCAAGUUCAUAUGAUGCAUCUUCGGAUUCUGCUUGGGAUUCUCAGAGUCCUAUUACAGAUUUAUUCCCAAAUAAUAAUAUUGAUGGUUCCACUUUAGACGGCAUGUUUUGUUUCAUUAAGGAUUUAAGCCCUACACCUGUUUUGCAAGAUGAUAACUCGACGAUGAUCUAAUUAAUAUUACCCAUUUUUCUGAAUAUCGUACGUAUUAUAGUAAUCC